AUGGAUGUCAUGAACACCAACAAGACAGGAGAGAAUUUCCAUCUAAUCUAUGACACCAAGGCUCCCUUUGCUUUCAUCAUAUUGCACCCGAGGAGGCCAAGUUACAAGUUGUGCAAAGUAAGAAAAAUCUUUGUGGACACAAAAGGAAUCCCUUAUCUGGUGACUCAUGAUGCUCACACCAUCUACUACCCUGAUACCCUCAUCACAGUGAAUGAUACCAUUCAGAUUGAUUUGGAGAAUGGCAAGAUGACUGGUUUCAUCAGGUUCGACACUAGUAACCCGUGUAUCAUGACUGGAGGUGCUAACGUGAGAAGAAUUGAUGUGAUCAACAAAAGAGAGAGGCACCCUUGUUCUUUUGACAUGCUUCAUGAGAAAGGUGCCAGCAACAACAGCAAGAAACCAUGA